ACAAAAACACUUUAGAUCCCAUUGUUCUCUGCCGUUCAAGCACCAUGGACCCGGGGCGCGCUCAGACGCUGGCCAAAAUAGAAGGAGCGCAGACGCGUGAACGCGAGGACUUGUUGGGCUCAGGUCCGUCCAAAGUCUUUUUGGCUUACAGAGCAGCAACACAACACCUGAGCUCGUCUGGAGUUAAAGCGGGUCUGGGCAUUCUGAAACUGGCUAGAUCUCAAUGGACGCAGGAGAAAAAGACCAGCGCACAGCUGACCCCCGGGGAGAGCAGUCACAGAAGAUCCACGCUGGACCAGCUGGCGGCCUUCGUGCUUCACGGUCACAGGCGCCAAAUCGACCACCGACAGGACGCGGCGUAUUCCACCAAGCCGCAGAACUCUAAGCGCAUUGUUGUUCUUGGGUCGCCACGAGUGGGAAAGACCUCCAUCUUAAGAAGGUAUCUUCGGGAUGGAUUUGUGGAGGAGUACCAACCCACGACUGAGGACUUCCUCAGAAAACUGUUCCGCAUCCGCGGGGAGACUUAUCAGAUCGACGUCCUGGACGCGUCCAGAGAGCGGGACUUCCCGGCCAAGCGGCGGCUCUCCAUCCUCACUGGAGACAUCUUUCUAUUAGUUUUCAGUCUGGACGACCGAAGCUCAUUCGAGGAGGUGUGCGCCCUGAGAGAGGAGAUUUUGGCCGCGAAAUCCAAACUCUCCAAGUCCGCGGCGCCAGAGCGCGCGCGGCUUCCUGUCGUGGUCUGCGCCAACAAGGUGGAUCUGCCAGAGACUCUGAGAAAAGUCUCCCGCGCCGAGGUGCUCCAGGAACUCGGUGAGGACUGCAUCUAUUUCGAAACGUCAGCGAAGGACAGCACCAAUCUGGAAAAGGUCUUCGAAAUGAUGGCGAAGCGAGGUGGACUCCCGACUGAAACUGGACCUUCUGGCCACCGCAAAGUGUCCCUGAGGUCAUACCAAGCAGUGCGCACUUCGGGUCGCGCGCUGGGGGGGACAACAACCCCCGGAACCGAGGUGCCAUGUGGAGCACUGUUCCCCCUCGCCCGUCGACCGAGUUUCCGCUCUGAUCUUAAACAAGUCAUCGGACCACGACAUGUUCAGAUGAACAACAAACGAGCGGAAAAAUGCCCAAUUCAGUGAACAGACUGUCGCAAAGAUGCAUGUAAUAUUUCACCA